AUGGCGGCCUCGCGGUUAAGUUUGUGUGCCCGCAGCCUUUUGGCUAUUCGGGGGCUCCAGGCUACCCACGUUUGCUGGAAACCGAGCUCCUCCUCUAGGGCUGUGGUCGCCCGGUCCGCUGUGGCUCGAAAGAAGAAGCAGCAGAGAGAACCUACCCAGCAAUGGAUGGAGGACCCAGAGCCCGAGGACGAAAACGUCUACUCGAAGAACCCAUACUUCCAUGGUUAUGACGAGGACCCCGUGGUGGACGAAUGGAAUAUGCACGCCGUCUUCUUCUUUGGUUUUUCCAUCGUCCUGGUCUUCGGCACCACUUUUGUGGCUUAUGUGCCCAACAACGGGAUGGUCGAGUGGGCCCACCGGGAAGCUGAGAUGCUCGUGAAACAUCGAGAAGCCAGCGGCCUCCCUCUCAUGGAAUCCAACCGGUUUGACCCCAGCAAGAUCCAGCUACCAGGGGAUGACUGAUGGACUACCGAGUGGGAUGUAAGAAGCACUGCGUUGCCCCCACCCCUGCCUGUUUUUCUCUCACCCCACAGAGCACAGAAAAAAAAAAAGUACGUUACUCCAGCUAAGACUUGUCAAUUAUUUGGCCAAGGGACCACAGCUCAGGAAGCCUGACUCACCUAAAACUAAGCUAAA